CAAGGGAUAAAUACAGAGGCUGGGCUAGGAAGUGGAGUUGGAGAGGGUUUGGAAGCCGGGAAAGGGCUGGAGCCGAAGGCCGGGGCUCUCCCUCCCGUUCCAGUCGGGAACACAGAGAGCGAGAGACCCGCACCCUGAACGCAAAGGAGCACAGAGUCCGAGCACACAUCUCCAGUUCCUCGCACGGCUGUGUCCAGAGCCCGGACACCCCUGGGAUCCAGCACACAUACGCGGACGAGCAUUUCACCCUCCCAGUCCUGCAGGUGCUUCUCUGGCUUCUUUCUUUUCUGAAGACGGCAAGUGCCCGUGACGAGGAGUUGGUCUCAGAGGCAGCUUGAAAUUCCUCAGCCCAGGGCAUCUCCCUCCAGCUUUGGGGGUGCCCCAGGGACCUGUCCUGUGUGUGUUCCCUCUGCUGAAGUCCCAGCACUGCCUGCUCUGGGUAUCCUCUGCCCUCCGAUGCAGGGAGACUGUAAACGCUACUUUCCAGGUUGCUGCACUGGGGAGAGUUGUUCUCCCAAGACUUGUUCCUUGAACGCUCCGAGGGAGCAGAAACGCUUGGCUUUGCUCUGGCCAGAGCCGCAGCCGCUGUGGUGGCCACGCCUGCUUCUGCCCGUGUUUGCCAGCAGCAGAACCUGCCUGACACCCAUCCCGAAGCUGUCGCUAUGUCAACGCUGGCUUCUCUGCAGGUGCUGCUCAACUCCCUGAACUCCACUGCCCCCAGCAACAGGACCGACAAGCCGGCCAACAGGAGCAGCGCCUGGUGCCAGGGCGUCUUCAUCCCCAACGAGCUCUUCCUGACGCUGGGCCUCGUCAGCCUGGUGGAGAACGUACUGGUGGUCACGGCCAUCAUUAAGAACAGGAACCUGCACUCACCCAUGUACUACUUCAUCUGCUGCCUGGCUGUGUCCGACAUGCUGGUGAGCGUCAGCAACCUGGUGGAGACCUUGUUCAUGCUGCUGAUGGAGCACGGCGUGCUGGUCCUCCAGACCAGCAUCGUCCGCCAGAUGGACAACGUCAUCGACAUGAUGAUCUGCAGCUCCGUGGUGUCGUCCCUCUCCUUCCUGGGGGCCAUCGCCGUGGACCGGUACAUCACCAUCUUCUAUGCCCUGCGCUACCACAGCAUCAUGACCAUGCAGCGGGCGGUGAUCAUCAUUGUGGGCAUCUGGGUCGCCAGCACCAUCUCCAGUAGCAUUUUCAUCGCCUACUACAAGAACAACGCCGUCAUCCUCUGCCUCAUCGGCUUCUUCCUUUCCAUGCUUAUCCUCGUGGUGGGGCUCUACAUCCACAUGCUCUCCUUGGCACACCACCAUGCCAAGAACAUCUCCAGACUGCAGAAGAAACGCACCGUCCACCAGAUGACCAGCAUGAAGGGGGCGGUCACCCUCACCAUCCUGCUGGGGGUCUUCUUCAUGUGCUGGAGCCCCUUCUUCCUGCACCUGACGCUGAUCGUCACAUGCCCCAAGAACCCCUUCUGCACCUGCUUCUUCAACUACUUCAACCUCUUCCUCAUCCUCAUCAUCUGCAACUCGGUGAUAGACCCGCUCAUUUAUGCUUUCCGGAGCCAGGAGCUGAGGAAAACCCUGAAGGACGUGGUGCUGUGUUCCUGGUAACUCAGGCAUGGCCGAGGGGCUGAGGAGGCCUGUUGUAGCCGGGGUUCCUGCUCUCAGAGGUAACUGCAUGGCCAUCUUGCAGCCCACAGCACAGCGCCUCCUAGUGUGCUUGGGAGGCAGAGACGCCAUUUGCAAGGGGCACCGGUCAGUUCCCAUCAGAUGUCGGUGGCGGAAAACCAAGCAGGGUUUUGUUUGUUUUGGGGGUUGGAGACAGUUUAGCUGCUGAACAGCACCUAGCGCCUGCCCGAGGGGAUGCCAGUGCCUGCAUCAGCCCAUCCCCUCCCACCCUGGGGCAGGUGCAGAACAUGGCAGGGCCUUGGGCACAGCAGCUGCUGUUUCUGGCCAGCUUUCUGGUGAGGUCCCAGGGCACAGAAUCUACGGUUCUCCCGCCACUGGAGAAGCACGUGAGUGAGUUCCAGCUGCUCCAGGGCUGCUGCUCGGUUCUGUCCCCAAGUAGGGAUUCCUGUAACUCCCUCUGCUGCUUCCUGCCCAGGCAGAAGGGCUGGUAACUCUAGGCCAGGCUCUCUAGGCUGGGAACUAGACAGGCAAUGAGUCUGCCCUUUUGUAGAGCUCGCUCCUGCUGGCUGCCUCCCCCUCCCCCAGGUGCUGGGCAAGGAGUGUGGAAGAGCCCGCCGGAGGGUCCCAUUGUCACUGUUCCGACUCUACAGCACGGAAUCAUAGAUUCAUAGACGUGCCGGGCUGGAAGGGACCUGGAGAGGUCAUCUCAGCCAGCCCCCAGCACCAGGGCAGGGUCACGUGAACCUAGAUCAUCCCCGACAGGUGUGUGUCCAGCCUGGUCUUUAAAACCAGCUUCCGCAACCUCCCUAGACAGUUUGUCCCAGUGCUUAACCGCCCUUACAGGUAAGACUUUUUCCUGAUGUCCAACCUGAAUCUCCCUUGCUGCAAUGUAAACCCAUUGCUUCUUGUCCUGUCCUCAGCGGUUCAGGAGAACAAUGUAUCACCCUUCUCUUUUUAACACCCUUUUACGUACUUGAAGAUUGUUAGCAUGUGUCUCCCCCACCCCGUCUCACCUUCUCCAGACUAAACAAAUCCAGUUUUUUUCAAUCUUCCCUCGUAGGUCGUCAGCCUUUCUAGCCCUUUAGUUGUUGUUGUUGCUUUCCUCUGGACUUUCUCCAGUUUGUCCACAUCUUUUCUGCAAUGUGGGGCCCAGAGCUGGACACAAUGCUCCAGUUACAGACUAAUCAGCGCGGCUUAGAGCGGAAGAAUUGCAUCUCAUGUCUUGCUUACAACACUCCUGCUAACACAGCCCAGAAUGAUGAUCGCUUAUUUUGUAACAGCGUCACAUAAUUGACUCAUAUUUAGUUUGUGAUCCACUAUAACCCCUCCAUCUUUUUCUGUGGUCCUUCCUAGACAGGCAUUUCCCGUUUGUAUUUGCAAAACUGAUUGUUCCUUCCUAAGUGGAGCACUUUGCAUUCGUCAUUGAAUUUCA